AGAUAAAAGCAGAGCACAGACCACCUCUGCUGCAUGGUGACUUGCAGAUCUAUAGGGCUUUGUCUCAUUACGACAGUAAGGUCUUCAUUCACUUCCUCCAGCUCAGCGUGUUUGGUUGUCGCCGGUGACGCUGUUGCUAGGCACCGUAGAUGGCUGAAAACAUUCAGCUCUCCUUAGCAUUGUGCAGGAUUGCCUUUUACACGUGUUUCCGAAAGCUGUGCUGUAAAGGUCCUCCCUCUCCUAGACCAGAGUAUGACGUGGUGUGUAUUGGACUCAGCGGUGCUGGCAAAAGCACUCUCAUUUCACGGCUCUGUAGCGAAGGUCUCGAUGGCAUUGUACCAACCGCAGGUUUCAGCAUAAAGGCAGUGGCUUUCCCGAAAGCAGUACUGAAUGUGAAGGAACUUGGAGGGGCAGACAAUAUCAAGAAAUACUGGAGCCGGUACUACCAAGGCUCUCAAGGAGUGGUAUUCAUUCUUGACAGUACUGUUUCGGAUGAGAAGAUGGAGGCUUGCCGAUCUGAGCUCCAUUUGGCCCUGCAGCACCCUCAGCUCUGCACACUCCCCUUCCUCAUCCUUGCCAACCACCAAGAUUCACCAGCUGCCCGUUCUGUCCCAGAGGUCGCUGGCUCCCACAUGUACACACACUCUGAAGUGUUUGGACUGAGCAAUGGGAACUGUGCAUUUCUCAGGCUGUGGUGUGUUGUUGCCACGCAAUAAGAGCUGAUGUUGACAGUGUAAGAGGUACUCCCCCCGUCAGUCCUUUCCAGAGCGAGAGCUGAUUGCGUAAACAUGGAAUGACGUGGGCUGUCUGAGUAAUGGUCUGUGUAUAUGCUGAGGAAACCUUAGAAAGAGGUGGAUCGCUUAAGGCAGAGAAGACUCCAAGUAACAAUUGAGGAUGGAUGUGAUGGUUUGAAUCUGGCAAGUUAAAAAUCUUCUAACCCCAGUAAACAAAUUUAUGAAUUUGAACUGACUAAAGCACCAAAUAAAACUCAUAAAUUCUAAUAGGUGUGGGUAACCUGCUAAGGUAAAACAACUUCCUUUCAUUUGUUUCUAUUAAAAUUACAGUAUCGAGUACUGGUAGCUUGCUAAUACUGAAUACUACUACUACUGUUAUUACUACUACUACUAUUAUUACUACUACUACUAAUAAUAAUUAUAAUAAAGAUACUAUACAGAAAAAGUACUAGUGCUAAUGCAUUGUUUGGCCUCAACCUUCAACAACUUUUGUUAACCUAAAAUUACCUACAUAAAUUAUUAAGUUUACACAGAUUGAAACAAUUUGAUGAAACUGCCUUGAGGAGGAUAUAUGUCUCUUUUUCCUCAAGAAAUUCUGAGGUGGGUUAAAGAAACAUAAGUGCCUCCAAGGACUCAGUGUUGUCGAAUGUGGCUGGUGGGGUUUUGUAUUCAAUCGGCCAAGGUUGGGCACUGAUUUUGGGUAAGAAGUUUGGUAUCCAGUUCAUCUCAAAGGUGUUCAGAGGGUUUGAGGUCAGGGCUCUUGCAGGUUACUCGAGUUCUUCCACUCCAACCCUUGGCAAACCAUGCUCUCAGGGGGCUCGCUUUGUGCACAGGGGCAUUGUUUGGGCAGGUUUGGUCCUCUUGGUUCCACUGAAGGGAAAAUGCAGAUGCUCCAGGGCCUCUAGUUUGAUCCUGAGCUUUGGUUAAUGUCUGUUUGGACAUUUUGUGCACAUUCUCCCCAUGUCCCUGUAGGUUUCCUCUGGGAUCUCCGGUUUCCUCCCACCUCUCAAAAACAUGGCAGUAGGUGGCUUGGCUAAUAUAAAUUGCCCCAAGGUGUGAAUGAGUGUGUAAAUGUGUGUGUGCAUGGAGCCUGUGAUGGACUGGUGUGUUAUCCAGUGUAUAUUUUCAUGCCUCAUGCCCAGUUUCCCGGGAUAGGCUCCAGAUCCACUGUGAACCUGAGCAGGACUUUCAGUGGUUACUGAAAGUGAGUGAGUAUGAGUGAGUUAUUAGAAUGAUUCAGUUUGAAUAUUCAGAUUUUUCUUUCAUCAUCAGAGUAAAAAUUUGUUCUAGAACGAUCUGAAAUGCUGUAUUCACACUUGUUCUGUGAUUAAUCUGUUCACUUAUAAUGGUAACCAAGUAAAAAAUUCAACAUAUUGUUAGUAUUAGUAUAUUUCCAUUGCUUGAGAACAUAAUGUAAGCUUUAACAGAUAAGCCAAGAUCGUAUUUUCUGUGCAUUACAAUGAUAGCAGGAUAGAGCGCAGAUCAGAAGGAGCACACUAUCAGCUUCAUAUUCAUUCUCCUGCCUCCCUACAAUGUUUAUCCAUAUAAAGUUCUAUAUGUUUGGAGCGCUUCCUCAGCAUGUUAUGCAGUAUUUAUUUGUCACAACCAAACCAAAAGAGACUGUUUACAUCCCAUGUUUCCGUGGAGCAGAUAAUGUGGACACAGUGUGAGCCAACAACAUGGCCGAUCAAUUCCUCAGUGCAAUGCAACAUCACAUUGAAUCCCAAAUGACUGGUUUUGUGUAUGUGAACUAAGGAACAAACCUCUCCCAAAGGCAUUCAAGAUAUGGUCAGGUGAAAAGUGUUACAUCACUGAUAUCCAACCAUCCAUUUUCUAUACUGCCUACUAUACUGGGUUGCGGGGAACCUGGAGCGUAUCCCAGGGAGCGGAGGAAACCCCGCAGCAUGGGAAGAACAUGCAAACAGGGCUGCGGUGGGAAUUGAACCCCUAACCCUGGAUGUGUGAGGCGAAUGUGCUAACCACUAAGAAUGGAAGAGCUCCCAACUGAGGGUAAUGUAAGAUCAAACACUAUUUCCUUUUCCCAAAUGAAUGCACAUUACUUUUCCUUCUGUAAGGAGUUUCAUGCUGACCUAAAACUAUAACAGUUCCUCAUAGUCUUUUCGUAAUAAAGUGUAAUCUGUGGAUUUAAAUGACUCCAAAACUCCCUAGUGCUUUUCAGUCUGCAGAGUAGGUCACUCAUUGAUGGGACCUGCUGGGCGCAACAUAAUAUUAUGAAAUGUGGCUUUUCAUUAAUGAGUCGACUCACAGUGUUCACACAAAACAUCUUCCACCAACCUUGUGUCUGACCACUUUUGGUGCCACAAACAGGAGCUGUCAUCCCAGGGUGCCGUACAGGAAGCGGGUGCUGACGUUCACUGGUGAUACCAGUUAUGUCACUGGCUAACAAACAUGAGUCACUGGGGAGGGAGUGAGAAAAGUGACAUCAGCUAUUGUGGCUGCAUCUGAAAGAGACACCCAGACUCAUCCAGUGUGGUUCUGAUCAGGGCAGAGAGGCUUCAUGUAAGAUGUUUUGGCUAGCUGACUUUUUGCUUAUUAGCACUAAUGUAACUAAAUAUGAAUAUAUUAUUCAGAUUGAACAGAUAAUAUAUUCUAAACAGAUACAAAUACAGAUAUGAAUAGGAAGUGCACUGUUAGAUUUAUUUCUGGAAAGGGCUUCUGGUUAUAGG